AGCAGCAAGACGACGAAGGAGGCGGCUAUUCGUCAGCUUCGUCAGAUCACCAAUGCUACUCAACCCGAUGCUCAGAGGUUGUUGAAAGCGAACGGAUACAGGAUCGAAGCUGCUGUAGAUGCGUUCUAUGCGGAUGAUGCGGCUAUGAGCAAUGCUGCCAAAGCGGCGGGAGGAGGGGUUAAAGGGGAAAAGGAGAGCAAAGAGAAGCUGGGAAAGCUCUUCGAUCAGUACAAGGACACUUGCCGAGAAGCGCACAGCAGCGAUCAGAGAGCGUUGUUGACACCCCGCUUACUGCUGCAUGCAGACGAAGAUGGACCGGAUGUGAGCAUCGAGGGAGCGAUGAGCAUGUGUGAAGAUCUCUCCCUCUCCCCGGAAGAUGCGGUAAUGCUUCCGCUCUCCUUCUACCUUCGAUCUCCGAGCAUGGGACAUUACACUCGCGACGCAUACAUAGAGGGCUGGAGGACGUUGGAUGGAGCGGAUACGGUUGCCAAGCAAAAGCAACUGCUGCCCAAGCUGAGGGAGGAGUUGGAAAAGGAUGCUGAAGUCAGAGGCGCGCUAGCGAGCGAGGGCAAGGGCGGACUGUUUGCGAGAGUGUACGAUUGGGUGUAUGCGUACGCCAGAGAUGAGGGUCAAAAGAGCUUGAAGCUAGACACCGCCAUCGCGUUCUGGAGACUGCUUUUGCCAAUUUCGCCAUCGUACGCACGAGAGGGUUCAUCUGGUCGCUUCACUGCCAGGCAGUUGGACUUGUGGGAAAAGUACUUGACCAAUGAGACGGGGGGUCGCGCCAUUAGCAAGGAUACUUGGACACUCUUCCUCGACUUUACCAAAGAAAUCGAUGCAGAUUUUAAAGAACACGACUUUGAUGCGGCAUGGCCCUCGGUCAUCGACGACUUUGUGACUUGGGCGCUCGAUCAGCCAAAGAGCGACGCCAUGGACACGAGCUGA